AUGUGUCUGAAAUUUUUUAACUGUGUGUCCUGGUUGAAGGUAAAUAAUUUUUGUUCGCAAUUGAUACAAAGGCAAAAGAAAAGAGGAUUUGAAAGUGUUUUGCUCCUCCUCUUUGGUGCAUUUCUCUUUCAAGAUUUUCUGUGUCAAAGUUCCGAGGAUGAGUUCGUCACGGCCAAAGUUGAUACUUUUGAUUCCAAAGUUACCUCCUUUAUAUCUCACAAAACAAUGCUGCAAUUCUCACAAGAUUGGAAUGGGUACAAUCUGAGCACUCCUAAAACUGAAAAUUUCUCCAAAGAUUGUGAGAAUGGAUGUGUCAGAUAUGGUUUAUCGUCCAUGCAAGGAUGGCGUACCACAAUGGAGGAUGCUUCAAUGGGAGACAGAGGACAAAGGUGUGGGGCAGCGAAGUCAAGUGGGAUUAGGAAUUUAGUAUAGUAGAGUUUUUCCUAUUUUAUGGGAUUAGAAUUCUUCCUAUAUUUUUGUCUUGGUGUGAUCAAUUGUAACAAAGAAUUUUUCAUUCUCCAUUCUCUUGGACCAAGCAUGAAAUCCCAAGCACUAUAUCACCACAAAGCAAGCAAGCUGAAAGCAAUCCGACAAACCCUUUUUCCAAAAGCACUUAACAGAACCUUUCUAUGGGUUAAUUGUUGUUUCAAUUAUACCAGAUUGAAAACGAGUAUGGAACUGUUGGUCAAGCAUACGGAGCUGUUGCUUCUUUUUCUCAAGGAAACAGAGCAUUUUUUGCAACCACAUCUUUUGUAAUCAACUUGGUUGAAUGUAUAUAAAAAUUAACCUGCUUAUCUUA